GGAGGUGAGGGUUGUCACGCAGAAGCGUAGAAAGGAUCCCCAAGUGGCCAUGGAAGCGAGCGAAUCGUCGAAUUCAGCGAAAAGAGCGCAAUAUCCACCGGUCGACGUCUCGAAAACGUCAGUAGGUUCUACGACUGGAGUCACUCUUCCCUGUUGUCCUUUAGUGUAAGAAUACCCGUACCACCACAUGGAUUUUCUCCUCUCAAAGAGAGCUGGAUGAAGAUCUUCACUUCUGUUGUGGAGCAUUUGAAACUUCAAAUCAGACUCAAUUUGAAGACGAAAAAUGUGGAACUGAAAACUUCAGAGGUGAUGACUGAUCCUAGUGCAUUGCAGAAAGGAGCAGAUUUGUCAAAGCAUUUAUGUUGGGAUUUGAAGAUUCAUUAGCUUUAGUUCGCCUAGAUGAUCUUUAUCUUGAUUCUUUUGAGAUUCAGGAAGUGAAGCCUUUGAAGGGUGAACAUUUAUCAAGAGCUAUCGGUCGAAUAGCUGGCUCGGGUGGAAAGACCAAGUUUACAAUCGAAAAUGUAACUAAGACUAGAAUAGUACUAGCCGACAGCAAAAUUCACAUUCUGGGAGCAUUCCAGAAUAUCAAGAUUGCUAGACGAGCUGUCUGCAGUCUUAUCUUAGGGAGUCCACCUUCGAAAGUUUAUGGUGCGAUGCGGAUAGUAGCAAGUCGUUCAUCAGAGAGAUUUUAAUGUUAUUUCUAUUGCAACGACAUUGCUUGCUAGAAAUCUGGAGAUACAUGCUACUAUAGUGUCAGUUGUGAUUAAAAUUAUAAUUACCGAGCGCCGGUCUUGCCACGCGAGGCGAAUAAAUCACAUUAGUAUGGAUGA